AUGCCCAUCCGCGCAGGUAAGCCCAUCCGCGCAGGUAAGCCCAUCCGCGCAGGUAAGCCCAUCUGCGCAAGCCCCAUCUGCGCAGGUAAACCCAUCCGCGCAGGUAAACCCAUCCGCGCAAGCCCCAUCUGCGCAGAAUCUUCUUCCCGCUCCCUCCUUCCUCCCCUAUCCUUCACCCUCCUUUACUCUCUCCCCCCCCCCCCUCCUCCUCCCCUUUCCUCCCCUUUCCUCCCCCCUCUCUCCCCUCCCCCCCCGGACCCCCUUCUCUACCCUUCCCCCACUUCCCCCCUGUGCCCCCCUCCUCCCCAGGGCUUCCCCCCUCUCAGAGCCAUUCUAUUUCCCCCUUUCUAUCUCCCCUGUUCUAUCUCCCCUGUUCUAUCUCCCCUGUUCUAUCUCCCCUGUUCUAUCUCCCCUGAGUCAGUGGGCCUAGUGAAGGUCCUGGGGCAAUUUGGGCCGCGCAGCAGCAGCAACCUGAGCUACUGGGGGCUGGCGGGGUGCCUCAACAACGAUUCCAUCAUGGCGUACACCCUAGAAGCUGACUUCAUUGCCAACUACAGCAGCGGCACCGUCAUCAUGCUCCUCUCCGAUCAAGACAGGCAAUUUGUGGAGAAUAUCACGGGGAUUCAAAUCCUCUCAGUGCUGGGCCUACCGACCCCGCGAAGGGACCUGUACGGAGUGAACGUGUGCGGAAGCAUCAACCCCGAGCUCCCCUUGCGGCCCUUCACUGACUUCACUCCCCUCGUCCCUCCCGUGCUCAUCGACAACCUGCUCAAAGGAAGGACCAUCGCGGGGCCUCCUGUUUACACGGAGUUUGUCACAAGUGCCUUUGUUGUGCCCAUCUUCCGGCAUCCUCUGCCAGCCAACGCGUCUCCACAACAGAUUCGAGACGACAUGAGCAUUGCAUGGGGUGGCAGCAGCACAUACUCCUUUGCCAUGUACGACAACACAGAGCUGGGCGAGCUGAAGCAGAUCUUAGGCCCGGAAAAGCCACAAUUGGAAAGCCGUUCAGUCUUCCCUUUUGUGCUGCCUGCGCCGGUUCUGCCACCGGAUCAUGUGGAGCCUUUCCCCGAGGACAUGCUGGGACGCACAUUCGAAGCCCACUGCGGGUUUCUGGCUCCUCCUCCUGCUUGGGACCUCGUGUAUGCACCCAUGCUGCUGGGCCUGCUGGUGCUGCUGGUGGCAGUGCUUCUCUCCAUCAUGAUCGCAGUAUUGGCAUGGAAGAGGAGAAACAUGGAAGUGCAUAUGAAGGAGAUUCAGCUGUGCACGACCAUCUUGGAGAGAGCUGAGCGGUCCAAGAGUGAGGCGGUGGCAAGCACGUCGCAUGAGCUGCGCACCCCAAUCAUUGGCAUGAUGGGCAUGAUAGAGGAGCUGUUGGAGUCUCCAUUGGAGGAGUGGCAGCGGGCCGACCUGAUAGAUGCGAGGGCGUGUGCGGGCGAGACGGUGGAGCUCAUCAACCGAGUGUUGGACCUCGCCAAGCUGCAGGCCGGCAGGCUGCAGCUCGAGACUCUCCCGUGCUGCUUGAGACGCAUCGUUCGCGAGGCGGCCACACUUGUUAAACGCUCUGCACACUCAGUGGAUUUGCAAGUGACAUUCAAUGUGGAUGAGAGCGUUCCAACAUCUCUAAUGGGCGAUCCAGUUCGCCUCUCGCAAGUCAUCGCUGAGCUUGUUGCCAACGCUAUGAGCCACACAGCAUCGGGCCACGUGGCCAUCCGCCUCUGGUGCAUCCCUCCUCCUUUAGAGCAAGAAGCACAUUCCACUAGACGAAGGCCUCCUGCUACUUCAGCUCUUCCACCCGCUGCUCCCACGGCCACCACACAAGCCUCCUCUGAGCCGCCCCCGGCGGCCUCAGCUUGGCAUCCGCUGGCCGGUUGUGUGCGGCGCUUCCCUCCUCCCACCCGCUUGCUCUGCCUCCCUGGAGUGGGGGGGGCUCGAGAGAGAGGUGCUGGACGGAAGGGGGAAACAGGCAUGGAGGCCAGAUGUGGUGUUGUUGAGGGUAGAUGCAGUGGUGUGGAGGCUCCUGGGAAGGCCAAGGAGGUGGAAAGUGCGAAGCAGUUGUGUGGGCAGGCCUGUGCCCAGCUGUGUGAGCAGGUGUGUGGGGAGGUGUGCAGGCAGUUGUGUUGGCAGUUGUGUGGGCAUCAGUGCAGCAGAGGCAAUGGGGGCCGGGAUGGGCGGUUGGAGGAGGAGGUGAGGGAGUGGGUGGAGGGGGCGUGCGCGGUGAGGGAGGAGGGCGAGUGGAUGGUGGUGGUGGCAUGUGAAGACACGGGCGGUGGUAUACCACCCGAGGAGCUGCAGUGGGUGCUGGACCCACACGGAGACUCGUGCCGUGACUUUUCUGCUGAGGAUGGUGACCUGCAGAGCAAUGGGCAGUCAGGAUUCAUGAAAAUACCAUUGUUUGGAAGGUCAAGACCAGGGCAGUCCGCAGGGAAUUCAUCACCGCGGCGACAGCGGAACAACAGCACGUGGGAUCCGUUGCAGCGAGACGGCAAGGCAGCUGCUGGCCCCCGCUGGACGCCCUACCCUGUUCGCUUCCUGCUCUCCACCUCUCUUGUCGUGGAGAUGCGGGGGGGCAUGGCAGUGCUGUUAGACGCCUCCACAGGCACCACCAUUCUGCUGGCGCUGCCCCUGGGGGGCGGGGAGGACGCCAGCAGCAGGGGAACUGGGGAGGGGAGCAAGGAAGGAGUAGGGGAGUCAAGGGGGGCUCGUGAGGAGCAUGUGGGGCGAGAGAGCAAAUCGCAGGGAGAUGUGGAAAAACCACCCAGUGCGGCCAGACCUUUCCCUCUCCCUGCCUCCACGGCGCCACCAGCUUCAUCGCCACAGCAACCAGCAGCAGCAGCGGCUCAACCAGUUUCGCCGCUGGUGCGUGCACACACGUUCCCACAAGCAGAGCUCGAGCGGGCUGCGGGCGGUGGGGAGGGCGUGGGGGAGGCGGAGGGGGUGGUGCGGGGGGUGGUGGCGGGGCGGGGGGUGGCGGUGGUGGAUGACAACGCGGUGAACCGCAUGGUGGCGCGCAGAACGCUGCAGGGCUACGGGGCGCACGUGCUGCUGCUGCCCUCCGGGGAGGAGGCGCUGCAAGCGCUCUCCUCUGCUCUGCAGGCGCCUCAACAGGCGCUCUCCUCUGCCACGCCCUCCCCGCCCAUCCAUCUGCUGCUCCUCGACCUCCACAUGCCGCCCGGCAUCGACGGGUCCGUCCCUUGCUUUGCCUCUCCUUCACACCUCCUCUGUGCCAUGGCCUCUUUGCAUCUUGAUGAUAUCAUUUCCAUUUCCUCUUGCCAUUGUGCGCCUCAGUUUGCCUCUUGCCAUUGGAUCAAGAGAGCAUGCAUGGAGGCGGGGAUGGAUGGAGCAGUUCCAAGUGUCGGCGAUGCAGGCACAGGAGCAUUUGCAUCAAAGCAGCGGCUUUGCAUGAUAGCAUUGACUGCGGACAUGGAUGCAGGGAUCAAGAGAGCAUGCAUGGAGGCGGGGAUGGAUGGAGCAGUUCCAAGUGUCGGCGAUGCAGGCACAGGAGCAUUUGCAUCAAAGCAGCGGCUUUGCAUGAUAGCAUUGACUGCGGACAUGGAUGCAGGGAUCAAGAGAGCAUGCAUGGAGGCGGGGAUGGAUGGAGCAGUUCCAAGUGUCGGCGAUGCAGGCACAGGAGCAUUUGCAUCAAAGCAGCGGCUUUGCAUGAUAGCAUUGACUGCGGACAUGGAUGCAGGGAUCAAGAGAGCAUGCAUGGAGGCGGGGAUGGAUGGAGCAGUUCCAAGUGUCGGCGAUGCAGGCACAGGAGCAUUUGCAUCAAAGCAGCGGCUUUGCAUGAUAGCAUUGACUGCGGACAUGGAUGCAGGGAUCAAGAGAGCAUGCAUGGAGGCGGGGAUGGAUGGAGCAGUUCCAAGUGUCGGCGAUGCAGGCACAGGAGCAUUUGCAUCAAAGCAGCGGCUUUGCAUGAUAGCAUUGACUGCGGACAUGGAUGCAGGGAUCAAGAGAGCAUGCAUGGAGGCGGGGAUGGAUGGAGCAGUUCCAAGUGUCGGCGAUGCAGGCACAGGAGCAUUUGCAUCAAAGCAGCGGCUUUGCAUGAUAGCAUUGACUGCGGACAUGGAUGCAGGGAUCAAGAGAGCAUGCAUGGAGGCGGGGAUGGAUGGAGCAGUUCCAAGUGUCGGCGAUGCAGGCACAGGAGCAUUUGCAUCAAAGCAGCGGCUUUGCAUGAUAGCAUUGACUGCGGACAUGGAUGCAGGGAUCAAGAGAGCAUGCAUGGAGGCGGGGAUGGAUGGAGCAGUUCCAAGUGUCGGCGAUGCAGGCACAGGAGCAUUUGCAUCAAAGCAGCGGCUUUGCAUGAUAGCAUUGACUGCGGACAUGGAUGCAGGGAUCAAGAGAGCAUGCAUGGAGGCGGGGAUGGAUGGAGCAGUUCCAAGUGUCGGCGAUGCAGGCACAGGAGCAUUUGCAUCAAAGCAGCGGCUUUGCAUGAUAGCAUUGACUGCGGACAUGGAUGCAGGGAUCAAGAGAGCAUGCAUGGAGGCGGGGAUGGAUGGAGCAGUUCCAAGUGUCGGCGAUGCAGGCACAGGAGCAUUUGCAUCAAAGCAGCGGCUUUGCAUGAUAGCAUUGACUGCGGACAUGGAUGCAGGGAUCAAGAGAGCAUGCAUGGAGGCGGGGAUGGAUGGAGCAGUUCCAAGUGUCGGCGAUGCAGGCACAGGAGCAUUUGCAUCAAAGCAGCGGCUUUGCAUGAUAGCAUUGACUGCGGACAUGGAUGCAGGGAUCAAGAGAGCAUGCAUGGAGGCGGGGAUGGAUGGAGCAGUUCCAAGUGUCGGCGAUGCAGGCACAGGAGCAUUUGCAUCAAAGCAGCGGCUUUGCAUGAUAGCAUUGACUGCGGACAUGGAUGCAGGGAUCAAGAGAGCAUGCAUGGAGGCGGGGAUGGAUGGAGCAGUUCCAAGUGUCGGCGAUGCAGGCACAGGAGCAUUUGCAUCAAAGCAGCGGCUUUGCAUGAUAGCAUUGACUGCGGACAUGGAUGCAGGGAUCAAGAGAGCAUGCAUGGAGGCGGGGAUGGAUGGAGCAGUUCCAAGUGUCGGCGAUGCAGGCACAGGAGCAUUUGCAUCAAAGCAGCGGCUUUGCAUGAUAGCAUUGACUGCGGACAUGGAUGCAGGGAUCAAGAGAGCAUGCAUGGAGGCGGGGAUGGAUGGAGCAGUUCCAAGUGUCGGCGAUGCAGGCACAGGAGCAUUUGCAUCAAAGCAGCGGCUUUGCAUGAUAGCAUUGACUGCGGACAUGGAUGCAGGGAUCAAGAGAGCAUGCAUGGAGGCGGGGAUGGAUGGAGCAGUUCCAAGUGUCGGCGAUGCAGGCACAGGAGCAUUUGCAUCAAAGCAGCGGCUUUGCAUGAUAGCAUUGACUGCGGACAUGGAUGCAGGGAUCAAGAGAGCAUGCAUGGAGGCGGGGAUGGAUGGAGCAGUUCCAAGUGUCGGCGAUGCAGGCACAGGAGCAUUUGCAUCAAAGCAGCGGCUUUGCAUGAUAGCAUUGACUGCGGACAUGGAUGCAGGGAUCAAGAGAGCAUGCAUGGAGGCGGGGAUGGAUGGAGCAGUUCCAAGUGUCGGCGAUGCAGGCACAGGAGCAUUUGCAUCAAAGCAGCGGCUUUGCAUGAUAGCAUUGACUGCGGACAUGGAUGCAGGGAUCAAGAGAGCAUGCAUGGAGGCGGGGAUGGAUGGAGCAGUUCCAAGUGUCGGCGAUGCAGGCACAGGAGCAUUUGCAUCAAAGCAGCGGCUUUGCAUGAUAGCAUUGACUGCGGACAUGGAUGCAGGGAUCAAGAGAGCAUGCAUGGAGGCGGGGAUGGAUGGAGCAGUUCCAAGUGUCGGCGAUGCAGGCACAGGAGCAUUUGCAUCAAAGCAGCGGCUUUGCAUGAUAGCAUUGACUGCGGACAUGGAUGCAGGGAUCAAGAGAGCAUGCAUGGGAGGCGGGGAUGGAUGGAGCAGCGAGCUGCAGUGUUCUCUGCAGCUGGGCUCUCCUAGGAGUAACAAUUGA